AUGUUCACGAUACUGCCAGACUUUACGCCGCGAGAUUCGCAUUCUCUGUGGUACACGUCCUCGAGAACGCCCUUCCCCUCGGCCGCGUCUCGCGACGCGCACCACGCCGACGGCGGCGGCGGCCCAAACACCACCACCGCCCAUGCCUCCCAUCCCUCGCGCUCCCGCGGCCAGGUCGUGGAGCGCACGGCGCUGGCCCGCCUCGCCGCCGACGAGCAGCACCUGAACCGGCGGCGCGUCAACGUGCAGAACUUUGGCAGCGCCUGGCUCAAGCCCCCCGGCGUGCCCAAGACGCUGCACCAGAUGCGCGAGGAGAAGCGCGAGCAGGAGGAGCACCAGGAGGCCCUUCGUCGCGAGCAGCUGGCCCAGGAGCUCGCCGAGGCCGAGGCCGGUGGGAUGCCCGACGACGGCCUGAUGGAUGAUGUCCAGCUGGACGGCGCGCAGGACCUGGACGAUGAGAUACCCGAUGCCGAUGACCCCUUUGGAAUGGAUGACGAUGACGACGACGACGACGACGACGAUGACGACGAUGACGAGGAAAAUGAGCAAGAGGAUGGGGAAGCAGCGGCCGACGGGACCGAGGUCGACGACGCGGCGCUGCGAGAGGAGCGUCAAAACGACCUCAUGGCAGCCCGCAUGCGCAUGACGGACGAUGCAUUCCGCGAGGCCCUCGUCCGCGGCGACCCAGACGGCGACGCCAUGUACGGUGGCGAGGAGGAGCUUGAGCAGGAGAGCCAGGGCCAGAUGCUCGACGAGGACGACUUUGCCCACAGCCUCGACGGCGACGACGAUGACGCCACGGGGCUCGACAUGGACGCCAACCUCGACGACGACAUUCCCGAAGCCGGGAGCGGCGGCGGCUACGAGCACACCGACUCCGAGGCCGAGCUCAGCAGCAGCAGUCACGACGACGACGAUGGUGGUGGUGGUGGUGGUGGUGGUGAUGGUGGUGGCAACCAGGAGGUGGAACGUGGCGCCUACGACAGCAGCAGCGACGACGACGACGGCCACGACGACGCAGACGACCUCGCAGGCCACGAAGUUGGCUUCGCCCCGCGCAUCGCUCCCCUCGGCCCUCCGCAGUCGCCCACCACCAUGGUCGGCCGGACGAGCGCAUCGGGCCCGCGCAGCAGCAUGGACCUGAGCAACCUUGUUUCCCACGACGUCGACGAGAGCAGCUUUGCCGAGAGCAGCCCCGCGCAGAGCCGGCAGGCUCGAUACGGGUGA